AGUUAGUCUCCCAGCCCGGGCUCCUAGCAGCUGGGUGCCGCCUCACCUCUGUCUAUCUUGCCUGUCACCCCAGCCCACUGCCACCUCUCCACGUCCACUUUCUCACCUAAUGCCCACGAAGAGCACCACCUGGUACCUACCUGUACAUGGUUAACGGACAGCUGGAGAGAGGCCAGGUGGUGGGCAGACGUGAAACUUGGUUGUGUACUCACUAGCUGCUGACAGAAGAGUGUUGAAACGUAUUAUGAGAUUAAUUACGACAGGAUGAACUAGGAGUGAGUUAAGACCCAAGUAGGAAAAAUAAAACCUUGUGUAAUGUUGUGGUGAUUGUCAAAAUUUAAUACAUAUGGUAAUGGUGAUAAAUUUAUGGUGAUGGUGAUAAAUUUAUGGUGAUGGUGAUAAAUUUAUGGUGAUGGUGUGAAACUUAUGGUGAUGGUGAUAAAUGUAUGGUGAUGGUGAUAAAAUUCAUGAUAAUGGUGUGAAACUUAUGGUGAUGCUGACGAAUUUAUGGUGAUAGUGAUAAAUGGCACUGUUGUGGUGAUGGUGACACUGUGAUCUAACUUGUUUUCUUGUUUCAAAGUACAUGAUCUUGUUGAUGGUGAAGGUAUGGUGAUGGUGUUGGGGAAGGAACACUUCUAAUGAUGGAGAGAUUAUGGUGUUGGAGAUACAGUGACAGCGAGGGUCCAGGGAGGUGGUGAAGGACAAUAUGAAUUACUAACCAUUGUUUAGAGGAAAUUGCCAGUGUUGGAGAAGACUUUAUUGGUGUUGGAGACUUUAUUAGUGUUGUGGAGACGUUUAUAAUUGUUGGGGGAGACUUUAGUGUCAGGGAGACUUUAGUGUUGGAGACUUUAUUAGUGUUGGGGAGACGUUUAUAAGUGUUGGGGGAGACUUUAGUGUUGGAGAGACUUUAUUAGUGUUGGAGAGACUUUAUUAAUGUUGGAGAGACUUUAUUAGUGUUGGGGAGACGUUUAUUAGUGUUGGAGAGACUAUUAGUGUUGGAGAGACUUUAUUAGUGUUGGGGGAGGCAUUAAGGUUGGAGAUACUAUUAGUGUUGGGGAGACGUUUAUAAGUGUUGGGAGACGUUUAUAAGUGUUGGAGGAGACUUUAGUAUUGGAGAGACUAUUAGUGUUGGGGAGACGUUUAUAAGUGUUGGAGGAGACUUUAGUGUUGGAGAGACUUUAUUAGUGUUGGAAAGAGUAUUAGUGUUGGAGAGACUAUUAGUGUUGGAGAGACUUUAUUAGUGUUGGGGAGACGUUUAUAAUUGUUGGGGGAGACUUUAGUGUUGGAGACUAUUAGUGUUGGAGACUAUUAGUGUUGGAGAGACUUUAUUAGUGUUGGAGAGACGUUUAUAAGUGUUUGGGGAGACUUUGGUGUUGGAGACUAUUAGUGUUGGAGACUAUUAGUGUUGGAGAGACUUUAUUAGUGUUGGAGAGACGUUUAUAAGUGUUGUGGGAGACUUUAGUGUUGGAGACUAUUAGUGUCGGAGAGACUUAGUGUUGGAGACUUUAUUAGUGUUAGACUUUAUUAGUGUUGGGGAGACUAUUAGUGUUGGAGAGGUAGGCAGUGUUGGGGUUUGCCAAUGUUGAAGAGAAUAACAGUGCUAGACAGGUUGCCCGUGUUGGAGGAGAAGCCAUCAGUGUUGGAGGAAUCUUUAUUAGCGUUACAGAGAUUCCCAGUGUUGGAGAAGACAUUACCACUGUUGAAGAAAAGGUUGCAGGUGUUGGAGAAACUGUCAGUGUUAGAGUGGUUGCUAGUGUUGUUGGAGUAAUCACCAGUGUUGGAGAAGAUCAUUACGAGUGUUGGAAGCAAGAAAACCAGUGUUGGAGAAGACGUUACCAUCGUUGGACAGAUCGCCAGUGUUGGAGAAGACAUUAUUACCCGUGGUGGAGGAGCGGUCACUAGUGUUGAAGAUGGUGGAGCUUGGUGGAGGGGGUCCAGACGGGCCUAUUGAACACGGUUUCUCCAACAGUGUGUUCAUAGUGGCAGCAGCUGUCCUCUUGCCUCUUGUGGUCCUACAGACAUACAAUACAAACCAUCCGAACCGGAGCUAUGAACGAGCACAUCCUGGCAGCGUCCGAGUGUGUUCGUUCAUAGAUGCCGAGAUUUUUUUCGCCGUGAAGCUGGUGCGGACGUUCUGGCAGCGAGAGCGACGCCGCCACGAGAAGCGUAAACUGAAACUGGAGCGUCACAAGAAGAAGUGAUGGGCCCUCCUCCCUCCGGCCCUGAGUGGCCGGGGCUCUUCUCCCUCUGGCUCUGAAUGGCCCGGGGCUCUCUUCCCUCUAGCCCUGAGUGGCCCGGGGCCCUCCUCCCUCUGGCAGUGAGUGGCCCGGAGCCCUCCUCCCUCCUGCCCUAAGUGGCCCUCGGCCCUCCACCAUAAAGUCUAAGUGGAUCGGAGACCUCUUGUCUCUGGUCCUGGGGUGCGGGGCCCUGACUGUGGCGUCUGAAGCUGUCGACUACAACUGUGGGUAUCCUGGCGGUGCUGUCUGUAAACCAAUGAACGGUCAGGUCUGUUCGUGUUCUCAUACUGAAGUGGUGAAUGGCUGUUUUUCUGUGACGUAAUUAUUUCUGCUCGGUUACAAAGCCAUUCAUACAACCGUUAAGAGAUACACAACAAUGACUACAGUAGGCGAGAGAAGAAAAAUAUAAAUAAAUAUACGUAUAUACCUUUCUGUCCAUGACCUAACACAGGAUCCAGUCGUGCCAGAAGUUUAAGAGAGUAAUAAUUGUUGUCGUUCCACUUAUAAGAAGUAGUUAACCACAAAAGGCCAUGUUGUCUUUGAAACACCUUUGCUUUUUUUAAAUUAAUCAGGACUAAGGUGUGGGCAAACGUGUGUCAUCCUUGUGUUUCUUACCUGUAGUCUCUCGGGCAUCACACUAACUACAUAACUAGUCUAUGGUUUAAGAGACUAAAGACUAUUAUAUGUUGUUCGUCAGUCCGGGAUCAAUGAGGGAACAACUAUAUAAAUCAGUAAGCUUGCGGGGGAGGGGGGAGAGGGAGGGAAGGGGGUGUGUGUGGACAAGCGGGAAUUAAAGGAUGAGAAUGAAGAACUUAUAGAUCUAAGAGGGGGUGGAGGAGGGGGUAACUCUCCUGGUUCCUGUGUUCGGUCGCUUCACCAAAUGUUACAUCUUCAAUAAAUGGUGUUUCAUAA